AUGCUUAGCACUGGCUCAAAUUCUCAUCCGACUUUGAUUGCUAUUGGCGACUUUAAUGGUGACAGUAUCGUAGACAUUGCUGUGGUCAAUUAUGGUACAAAACAGGUAGGUAUGAUGCUUGGAUAUGGGAACGAAACAUUUGCAAGUCAAACAAGUGAAGGAAUUAGUUUCGAUUCACGUCCGUUAGCUAUGGUUUCUGGUGAUCUUAAUAAUGACAAACGAUCGGAAAUCGCUAUCACCUACGACGGAAGAGAUAAUGUGGAUAUCUUUAUUGCAUACAAUCGUUGGCCUUUUGCAAAAGAAGCAAAAUAUUCAGUUGGCUCUUCUCCAACAUCUGUAGCUGUUGGUGAUUUCAACAACGAUACUCGACUAGAUAUCGUUGUCGCCAAUCAUGGGAGCAAUGAUGUGAGUGUCCUUCUUGGAUAUGGAAAUGGUUCUUUUGCAAAAGAAACAAGAUAUUUAGUUGGCUCUGCUCCAAUAUCUGUAGCUGUUGGUGAUUUCAACAACGAUACUCGACUAGAUAUCGCUAUCGCCAAUUAUUAUAGCAAUGCUGUGAGUAUCCUGCUUGGAUAUGAGAAUGGUUCUUUUGCAAAAGAAACGAGAUAUUCACUUAGCUCUUAUCCAAAAUCUGUAGCUAUUGGUGAUUUCAACAAUGAUACUCGACUAGAUAUCGUUGUUGCCACUACCAGUAACAAUGCUGUGAUUAUCCUUCUUGGAUAUGGGAAUGGUUCUUUUGCAAAAGAAACAAAAUAUUCAUUUGGCUCUUCUCCAACAUCUGUAGCUGUUGGUGAUUUCAACAACGAUACUCGACUAGAUAUCGUUAUCGUCAAUUAUGGGAGCAAUGAUGUGAAUGUCCUUCUUGGAUAUGGAAAUGGUUCUUUUGCAAAAGAAACAAGAUAUUCAGUUGGCUCUCUUCCAAUAUCUGUAGCUGUUGGUGAUUUUAACGGCGAUACUCGACUAGAUAUCGUUGUCGCCAAUUCUCGAACCAAUGAUGUGAGUGUCCUUCUUGGAUAUGGAAAUGGUUCUUUUGCAAAAGAAACAAGAUAUUUAGUUGGCUCUUAUCCACAAUCUGUAGCUAUUGGUGAUUUCAACAACGAUACUCGACUAGAUAUUGUUGUCACGAAUUCUUGGAGCAAUGAUGUGAGUGUCGUUCUUGGAUAUGGAAAUGGUUCUUUUGCAAAAGAAACAAGAUAUUCAGUCGGUUCUUAUCCACGAUCUGUAGCUGUUGGUGAUUUCAACGACGAUACUCGACUAGAUAUCGUUGUUGCCAAUUGGUUCAGGAAUGAUGUGAGUGUGCUCCUUGGCUAUGACUAUAUAGUUUUUGUAAAGCAAAUAGUACUUAUGAUUGGUAAUGAUUCCCGACUACAGUCGUUAGUGAUUAGUGAUUUUAAUAAUGAUGGUCUAAUGGAUAUCGGCGUCGUCAAUUCAGUUACUCACAGUAUUGGUAUUUUUCUUGGAUAUGGUAAUAUAUCUUUCGCAUAUCAAGUGAUAUAUUCAACUCGCCCAUAUUCAUCUCCAUGCGCUAUGGCUGUUGGUGAUUUCAACAAUGAUACUCUAGUGGAUAUCAUUUUUGGUAGUUGUGACUCGGAUAAGAUUACUUAA